AUGAAGUCACCAAGGAUGAGAGUUUGUGCUAAGUCAGUGUUGCUGUCACAUUGGGUCUUUCUGGCCUAUGUGUUAAUGGUGUGCUGUAAGCUGAUGUCCGCCUCGAGCCAGCACCUCCGGGGACACGCAGGUCACCACCAAAUCAAGCAAGGGACCUGUGAGGUGGUCGCUGUCCACAGGUGCUGUAACAAGAACCGCAUAGAAGAGCGAUCACAAACAGUCAAGUGCUCCUGCUUCCCAGGGCAGGUUGCUGGCACAACGCGGGCUCAGCCUUCUUGCGUUGAAGCUUCCAUCGUGAUUCAGAAAUGGUGGUGUCACAUGAAUCCUUGCUUGGAAGGAGAGGAUUGUAAAGUGCUGCCAGAUUACUCAGGUUGGUCCUGUAGCAGUGGCAAUAAAGUCAAAACUACAAAGAGCAGUGAUUUGGGGGAUGAACUUGUUAUUUAG